AAUGGAUGGGUGAGAAAAUAAAAUGGGCGAGAAAAUAAGACAGUGAAUGGGUGGAAAUAACAGCACUCUCCAAAAAAAGACAAAAAUCCACGUCGAUUGGUUGUUUUCUUUACCACCAAAAACAAAAGCAAAGAGGAAGAUCCCUUUCUUUCGGCCUCACUCCACCUCUAUUCGACUCUUCAGGAAAAGCUAAGCAAGCUUUCUAAUUGCGAAGAUUUCUAACUUAGCUCACCUUUCAGUGAUCUAUAAAUCUCAUUAGUCUUUAUACAAAAAAUAAAUUUAAAAAAAAUCAUUAAAAAUCUACUGCAACACCCUCCAGAUCUCCAAAAGCACUUUUUUAAACGUAAAAAACGGUUUUUGCUAUUCACCGCCAAACAGGAGCUCUGAGCCGUACAGAGUUUUAUCUUCUUCAUACAUUAUUACGUAACCUCCGUUUCCAAUCUUCCGGCUUCGGAUAUGGCGGAUCGGCUGCGAGCUUUGUUCAAAGGUGAGGCCCUCACUUACGCCUACCUUCUUCUCUACAUCGCACUCUCCAGCGGCCAGAUCUUCUUCAACAAGUGGGUUUUGUCGUCCAAAGAAAUAAACUUCCCUUAUCCUCUUGGAUUGACUCUGCUUCACAUGGUCUUCUCCUCUGUCUUAUGCUUUUUACUCACGAAAGUUUUUAAGAUUAUGAAGAUUGAGGAAGGAAUGACAGUAGAAAUAUACGUCUCAUCAGUAAUGCCAAUUGGUGCAAUGUUUGCAAUGACUCUUUGGCUGGGAAAUACGGCCUACAUGUAUAUUUCUGUUGCAUUUGCACAAAUGUUGAAAGCAAUCAUGCCAGUAGCUGUUUUCAUUCUUGGAGUAGCAGCAGGACUUGAGGUAAUGAGCUGCAGAAUGCUAUUGAUCAUGUCAGUGAUAAGUUUAGGUGUUCUGGUGGCUUCUUACGGUGAAAUAAAUAUCAGCUGGAUUGGAGUAGUUUAUCAAAUGGGAGGAGUUGUUGGAGAAGCUUUAAGACUUAUUUUUAUGGAGAUUUUUGUUAAAAGGAAGGGUCUCAAAUUAAAUCCAAUAUCUCUCAUGUACUAUGUUAGCCCGUGCAGUGCUCUUUGCCUACUCAUUCCAUGGAUCUUUUUGGAGAAAACAAAGAUGGAAGAAAAUAGCUCAUGGAACUUUCCACUCCUUGUGCUAACACUCAACUCUCUGUGCACUUUUGCCCUCAACUUAUCAGUUUUCCUUGUGAUCACUCAUACAAGUGCCUUGACCAUUCGUGUUGCUGGAGUUGUCAAGGAUUGGGUGGUUGUCUUAUUGUCUGCCCUUCUCUUUUCUGAUACAAAGCUGACUAUUAUAAAUCUGGCAGGUUAUGGCAUUGCCAUAGCAGGUGUAGCAGCAUACAAUAAUCACAAGUUAAAAAAAGAAGUUUCUAGAGACAACCCUGAAGAAGCUGAAAGUUCUCAACCUACACUAACGGCGGCAUCAUCAGAUUCCAACAAGUAGAGAUGUCACCGGAGCAUUCGGCCUAUUUAUUUUUUAGUUCGAUAGCUCGAUGGAACUAUAUGCAUAAGUUUAGAUUACGGUUUUUUGAAGCCUAUCAUUGUUGCAGCUGCUCCUGUGGUGGGGUAAAUUUUGUGGCAGUUUGAAGCAGAACUGAAAUUGAAAGUAUAAAGAUGUCAAGUUCGCAGAAGUGUGUCAUCCUCACGAAGGUAGGCAUUUACAGAGGGAAUUUCAAAAGUUGAUGUAUCAUAGAUGAUUUGUCUGUAAAGCAAGUGCCAGAGUCACUGUGAUACUAAACAUACUCUCUGUUUAUAAAAAAUUUAUAAUUUUUAGUUCACACAAUUGUAUCACAGCCCAUUCUUACAUGAUUUUGCUUCUGUACAAGGAUCAAAAGUUUGAACCUGGACCUUGUUCCAUAGUUAAUUUCUCAGAACUUUGUAUUUAGAAGAGAUGUUUUAAGUAUCACAUGGGGGAAUAAAAAGAUGAGGUUGCCAGAUUUUCUAGGCUUGACCAUACAAUCAAAUUGAAUUGUUAUGACAGAAA